CGGGCAGUGCCUUUUGCACGACUGCGCCUUGGGCCUCCUCUGCCUGCUCGCCGUACGCCCGUCGCUGCGAGCUAGCUGCGGGAGUGCCUGAUGAAUCCAGUGCCCGAGCUGCCCUGCGCCUUUCCCGCUGUCGCUACCGCCCGCCGGCGCAUGACCAUCAGGCCCGCUUCGCCGCCGGUACACGUCGCUGGCAAUGUUGGUGGGAAAAAAUUCAAGGCCAUGGCUGUGGCUCUCGCGCCAUCUUCCCUGCCCUGUGUCGGGCAUACUCAUAUAGACAUGUCUGCCGUCUCGCUCCCGCCCGACGCUGUUUGCCGUCUUUCUCGUUGUCGUUUUUUGUUUAUUGAUGAUACCCCUUUCCCCCCUGCCACGAGAUACGAUACGAUACGAUACCCAAGAGCUCGUCUGAGCAUUUCACCCACGACUAACUAAUAAUUCACGAAUCAUCACGGCCGCUACUGACAUGUCGGCCGCUCCUAUACAGGUGCUGGACGACGCGUCGAAUGAGAACUUCUACCACGGACAUCAGCGCUCGUGGUCCGACGAUCCCCCAAGCUUUCGAGGGAAGGGCGGAGUCACGCACGAGCGGUCAAAGUCGCUCACCGCCAGCGUCACGCCCAAAAGGGAAGCGCUGAUGGAAUUGCCGGGUUCCAAGACGAAUGAGCCGUUUCCGCCUUUCGACCCGCUGAUGCAAGACUGGGAUUUGCAAGAGGAGGUGCAAUGGGGCAUGGAGGCGGAGGCGGAAGUGGCGUCAGUGAUGAAAAUCCAUUCAGUCGAGCAAACGCAGACCGAGUCUGGAUUGGAAUACGCAGCUGAAAUGCAGUCUCAGACCGAGUAUGACGGGCUUGGAGUGGUGAUACCUUCGGGCACUUGGAAGAAAUCCCCAUACCCUACCCUCGCUGCCCAUGUAUUGUCACCGACGACAUUUUCACCAGCACAAUUUAUCACAGCGGGCCAAGUUGGCCGCAGCCAGUCGGUGGCAUCCAUUGCGUCAGGGAAUGGCGUAUUGGAGGAAGGUUUCACCGGCAUGUAUUCAGAGCUACAAGACGGGCCCAGACGCCACUCGACCAGUACGGUAGGAUCAUUUGUGGACGCUGCCGGAGUACAAAGCUUCUUCUCACCACCUUUGGGCCGGUCGUCUCGAAGCACUUAUACUUCAGAGCACGGGUCCACCGUCAGAUCCGUGCAAAUAGCUGAAGGUCAUCGGCCAAUCUCCCGCGGCACCUUUAGAUCCUCCGCAUCCUCUGAGACGCUUGCCACCCGAGACCAUGGGGACCGCACAUCCUACUGCAGCAACUGGACUCUCUGGCCCCGCAACGGCAACUCGACUCGCCCAUCAUCCAUUGACACUCGCACUCCAUCUCCUUUCGGUUUGGCCAGUCCUCGAGAAUCUCUCCACGGACCACGCACCCAGAUGAGUCCCAGCCAGCCAAGAAGGUCCAAGCAGCGCCCUAUUUCCACCUUGGGGAACCCAUUGGGCAUGUUCCUCGCCGAUGAGCCCGGUUCGCGGCCGGGAUCCGCGAGCGCAUCGCAUAUGCUGUUUGGUCCGCGACUCCAACAAACCUAUAGUCCCGAGGGUAUGGGCGCCUAUAUGGUGCAACCUGUAGACUCCCGCCCUAGCUCCGCCGGCUCCUACGAAUCCGCCCGAGGUACCACGCCACCGCUGCCGCUUAAUAUGCCGAAGCGCCCCUAUCGGCACGACCUCCCGCCCUGCCAACCCUGGAGCAUGCAGCUCCCGUCCAUCGCCUCGCAGUCGGAUGCCUCGACGCGAAUCGACUCGAACCCCAGACAGAUGCGCUCCUUCCCUAGCGCCGAGCUUCACUUUACCGCGUAUGGCAGCCUGGAUCCGCAGAAUGCGUCGCGGCCAUCCAUUGUCUACGAAGCGUCGGAGUGCCCGUCGCCGACGCAGCCGACCCUGCCGGAGCCAGCGUUGACGCGGACGCCGCAGCAGACGUCAUGGCUCCGCAACCCUUGGCAGAGCGUCGAGUCGAUGGGCUUCUUCGGCUUCGGCGCUGCCGACAGCGAGAGACGGAACUCCGAGGCGCUGCUGCCGCCGCCGCCGCCGGUACUGGCGGACAGCAGGCCAAACAGCGGCCGCAGCGGCAGCAAUGCCAGCACUGUGAUCCACUAUUUUGCGCGGAGCCUGCCGGCGUGGGCACGGGCCUACUACGCUGCCGGCGAGCCAUCCUGCUCGACGGGCUCCCCCUCGCCCGCCUCAUCCCGCCCAGGCACAAGGGCGCGCAAAACCUCGAGCCCACGCUCGGCGGCGACGUCGCGCUCGCGCAAGCAGUCGGUUCCGCGGUCACGGCCGACGACAUCGAACACGGCACCGACCGGCUCGCCCGCCUCAUCUGAGUUCAGCAUUGCAUCGGUGCGUCGGCCGCGCAACCGGCCGCUGCAUUACAGCGAGGAGCUCGAGGACGCCGACGAUGACGACAACUUCCUCUACGUGCAUGGUCGGAGCCGGGGGAACAGUAGCUAUCGGCGCAGCUUUGAGCAGGGCAGCUACACUUACAGCCACCAUGCCAAUGUUCAGGGCCACGGCCAGCACUUCCCGCGCUCCCGUUCCGUGAGCGUGUACUCUCGCGCCGAGUACGGGCACGGCCGCGCCAGCUUCGCCAGCGAGGUCUCCAGCGCGCUAUCUGAGGACCGGCCGCCGCCGCCGCCGAUGCCGUGGUCGCCCUCCCCGCCCGCGUCGCUGAGUCUGUGGGAAGAGGGGCUUGACGCAGGAAUCGUGCGGGGGACGCCCUCGCCCGAGUUCGUACGGGGACGGCACCUGUACCAGCAGCAGCAGCAGUCUCAGGACGGGUCGCUACCCGCCGGCGCCGGGGGCGAGCCCGAAAGCGACAAAGCGCGCAAGAAGCGCGAGAAGCGCGAGAAGAAGGCGGAGAAGAAGGCGGAGAAGAAGGCGGAAAAGGCGAAUAAAGAGCACAAGCCGCCCAUGCACGCUCGCACGAAACGCCAGGUCUGGCUGUUUGCGCUCGGGUGGCUGCUGCCGCUGCUGUGGGUGGUGGGGGGCAUGCUGGGGCUGCCGCCGAGCGAGGACGAGGCCGACGCGGCGAGCGAGGACGAGCAGGGCGAUUUGGAAAAGGCGAUUCGGGCGCGGGGAGAGGAGGCUAGGCAGGUGGAGAGGAAGAGGGCACGGUUUUGGCGGAAUUUGAAUCGCACGAUGGGCGGGUUUGCGCUUGUGGGGGUGGUUGUGGCCGUGGCGGUUGUGGUCGCUGUGUUGAGGUCUAGGUGAUGUGUGUGUGUGUGCUGGGAGGAGGGGGAUGGUUUAGGAUGGCUUGGUUUGGGUUUUUGAGUUUUUCUUGCGGCAUUUGCUGGUGUUUUGUUGUUGGUUGGACUUGGGAUGGAGACGCGAUGACGAUUUUAUGCCGAUAUGACGGGGCUGUUUUUUGUUCUGUAUGGAAGUGGUGUUUUGUAGUAGAAGAGUAAGGUUGUGUUAUAUCCGUUACUUAGCUCAACCAGUAGUAUUUACAAAGGAAGAAAGAAAAACUAUGUAUACUC